AUGGCCUCCUGCUUGCUGUACGUGUACAAAACAGCUGCAGGUCGAACAAAAGAUACCCUGCUCCCAGCCUCUAAAGAAGAAACCUACGUCCACAAAACACGGAUUUCAGGGCUGCCAAGAAAGAUGCACAGUCGCAGAGCUGGAGAGGAGCGCCCCUCAGCCCGCAGAAGGCCACUGCCCCUCUGCCUGCUGCUGCUGCUGCUGCUGCUGCUGCUCUCGGGGGCCGCCGCCGCCCCGCCUCCGGAGGGCGGCCUCCCUGGCCACCACAGUGACAGCGGGCAUAUGCAGGAAGUGGCAGAAAUAAAGAAAAACAGCCUGUUGACUUUCCUUGCUUGGUGGUAUGAGUGGACCUCCCAGGCCAGUGUGCCCUUCACGGGAGGGGAAGCCAGGGAGGUGUCCAAGCGGCAGGAAGGCCCGCCCCCUCAGCAGUCCACACGCCCAGAUAAAGCGCCCUGCAAGAAUUUCUUCUGGAAGACCUUCUCCUCCUGCAAGUAA